AUGUUGGAUUACGGAGAUGGCGGAGAUGGCAGGCGCUAUGGUCGCAACAGUAGAGAUGAUCGUCGCAGCGAUAAAGAUGAACGGCAUUGGCGGGCUGAAAGGGAUAUUAGGGAUGGCAGGAGUCGCAGAGAUGUUAGAGAUGCGGACAGCAGGGGCGGCAGACGCAGGAGUAGAUCUCCACGGCACAGACCGACUCGCGCAGAAACCAGCCACCACAAAGUAGGCGGUUUAGAUCUACGCGACGGCUCGGCAGCAGAUCGUGAGCGUAUGUUGAAACAGAUCCAGUCCAAGGAAGCUGAAGAAGAGCGCAAGCGGGUUGAAGAAGAGCAUAGAGCCAUCGAGGAGGGCGAGAGAAAGGCCAAAGACGCAGAGCAGCGGAAACCAGAGGACCAAGAGGAGGAGGACGACGACGAGGUCGAUCAAGAUACCCUGGCAAUGCAGCAGAUGAUGGGUUUCGGUGGUUUCGAUUCAACCAAGGGCAAAAAGGUGUCUGGAAAUGAGGAGGGCGCGGCUAAAGUACACCAGCCGCGUACUUAUAGACAAUACAUGAAUCGUGUAGGCGGGUUCAAUAGAGCUCUCGAUAAACCCAAGUGA